AUGACUCACGGCAUUCCAGUGUACCCUUUUCAAUUUGUUUCCAUGGAUGUGUUUUUCUCUGGCUACCAAGGAACUAAGAGAGCAUUUCUUGUGACUGUAGACCAUUACUCGGAUUACUUUGAAGUCAAUAUCUUGAAAGAUUUGAGACCUGAAUCAGUUAUAGCCGCCUACAAGGAGAUCUUCGUCCGUCACGGAAAGCCACAAAUUAUACUAACAGAUAACGGUACGAACCUCGUUUGUCGAAAGAUGGAAGAAUUCGCCAUCGAAUGGGAUUUUCAGUACACUACAUCAUCUCCUCAUCACCAGCAAUCUGACGGGAAAGCGGAGGCAGCCGUGAAGAUUGCUAAACGUUUACUGAAAAAGUCAGGAGAGUCGGGAAUAGAUUUUUGGUAUGCUCUUUUGCAUUUGGCGGAAUAUACCCAAUAA